UCAUUGUAACAUGAACCUACAGGGUCAUCUCGGUGUCUCUGCUGCAUCAAUUCUGACCAUCUAUUUUUUUAAACCUGUCUCUUGUGAGUCACUUGACUUUAUGAAAGAGCAGAACUAAAAAGAUGGAGUGCCCCUUUAAAUUAAAUUCAAUCUGUGUUUCUUGUUUCAUCUCCACUGUACUAUGCCGAGGAUCAUAAUUCAGAGUAACAGCAGCAAUAGUAGUAGCGCGCCUUUAACCAGAGUGCGUGCGCACAUGCGUAAACUGUAGUAGGUGUCCGCGCAUGGCAUCUCGGAGCCUGCUCGCGUUCUGCUCUGCCGUCCUCUGCCGCUGGGUCGCUGAUGAUGCCGAGCAGAGCGGGGCGCUCGUACGUUUCUAUGUGCGGCUACAACCGCAGUUCCCAAGACUGAAGUCGAAUGAAACGGGAGAGGAGGUUGAGAUGCGAUGAUGGAUGGUCCGAGUCGUUCCUCAUCGCUCGGAGAGCUGUAACGUCGGCGGACACACGCGUGAAUUCAUCAAAGGCUCGACGUUUAGGGUUUCACUUUGUUUGACAUUCAGCCAGCGACAGAAUGAUCGAGGAAGGCAGUAAACGGGGCAAGGCCAUGGUGGAGAAGAGACAGCUCUUCAUGGAAAUGAGAGCUCAAAACUUCGAUGUUAUCAGACUGUCGACUUACAGGACCGCCUGCAAACUCCGGUUUGUGCAAAAGAGAUGCAACCUUCAUCUGGUGGAUGUCUGGAACAUGAUCGAAGCCUUUCGUGACAACGGGCUCAACACAUUGGACCACAAUGCUGAAAUCAAUGUGUCGCGGCUGGAGACUAUCCUGUCUUCCAUCUACUACCAGCUCAACAAGCGGCUGCCCACCACCCACCAGAUCAAUGUGGAACAGUCCAUUGGGCUGCUGCUCAACUUCAUGGUGGCCACCUACGACAGUGAAAGCCACGGGAAGUUGACCGUUUUCUCAAUGAAAGCAAUGCUAGCAACAAUGUGUGGAGGGAAAAUUGUGGAUAAACUCCGCUAUAUUUUCUCACAGAUCUCUGACUCGAGUGGAGUCAUGGUGUUUGCUAAGUUUGAUCAGUUUCUCCGGGAGGUGCUCAAAUUGCCCACAGCUGUGUUCGAGGGCCCUUCAUUCGGCUACACAGAGCAUUCGGUGCGGACGUGCUUCCCUCAGCAGAAGAAGAUCAUGCUGAACACAUUUUUGGAUGUGUUGAUGGCAGAUCCUCCUCCACAGUGUCUUGUUUGGCUGCCACUCAUGCACCGACUUGCUAAUGUUGAAAAUGUCUUCCAUCCAGUGGAAUGUUCAUAUUGCCGGAGCGAGAGCAUGAUGGGUUUCCGGUACCGGUGCCAACAGUGCCAUGGCUACCAGCUUUGUCAGAGCUGCUUCUGGCGUGGCCAUGCCAAUGGUCCCCAUAGCAACCAGCACCAGAUGAAGGAGCACUCAUCUUGGAAGUCUCCAGCCAAAAAGCUGAGCCAUGCAAUCAGUAAAUCUCUAGGCUGCGUCCCCAUCGGAGAACCACCGCAUCCUGUGUUCCCCGAGCAGGCUGAGAGACCACAGGAACUCACCCACACUGUUCAGCCGAAACCAGUGGCCAACAACAUGAACGACACAAUGCUCAUGUCCUCUGGGGCACCUACUCCCACCAAAAGUGUCUUGGAGAGUCCCAGUCGGCUAGACGAAGAGCACCGCCUCAUCGCUCGCUACGCUGCCCGCCUGGCAGCCGAGGCAGGCAACUCCACACAACAAUGUCCUCCAACAGAUCUGAGCUUCAAUUUCGAUGCCAAUAAGCAGCAGAGACAGCUGAUUGCAGAGCUGGAGAACAAAAACAGGGAGAUCCUCCAGGAGAUCCAGAGGCUGCGUUUGGAGCAUGAACAGGCCUCUCAGCCAACUCCAGAAAAAGCCCAGCAGAACCCCACACUCCUGACUGAACUGCGGCUCCUCAGACACAGGAAGGACGAGCUGGAGAGGCGCAUGUCAGCCCUGCAGGAGAGCAGGCGGGAGCUGAUGGUGCAGCUGGAGGGGCUCAUGAGGCUGCUAAAGGAUGAGGAGCAGAAGCAGGCUUCCCAGUCUGGAGGCUCCCCUCAUUCUUCCCCCAGUCACGGUGCGGGCUGCUCCAUGCCCAUGCCCAUACGCUCCACCUCGGCUGGGUCCACCCCAACUCACACACCACAGGACUGCCUGGCAGGGGUGGGAGGGGAUGUGCUGGAGGCCUUUGCUCAGGGUGUACCUAGAAAUCUUCGGAAUGAUCUGUUAGUUGCUGCUGAUUCAAUCACAAACACCAUGUCAUCACUGGUCAAAGAGCUCCACUCAGUUGAUGACGGGGGAGAGGAAGAGGAGACCAACAUGAGGAACGGUGGGGACAGAGGUCAGUAAAGCUGAAGCAGAAUGAAGAACAAAAAGCACAGUGAGAGUACAGAAGCACUGAGGGAGAGAACAACAUCCCAUCCCAUAAGGACAUACAGUCAUCAACUGGGAAGACUCCGUAACAACAACAACAACAACCCCCCUGGCAUUAGCACGUAGAGUAAUGCAUGCUGUAAUCUAACAGGAUUUCACUAUGUGAAAAAAUUGUUUCUUCACACCUUGCAGGUAGCAAGAUGUGUCUAAUUAGCGAGUGUGUGUGUUGUCCUGUAAACAAAAACUGCUGUAAUUACCCAAUGAUUUCCCUCAUGACUGCUAAGGAAUGGCUUGCUGUGCUUUCUCCCCCAACUGUUCCAUUGCAGCAGGUCAUUCUGUAUAUAAAAAUACUGUAAACACAUGACCUUGGGGACACCCCGACAUGGAGCUGACCUCCUGUCACAACAUGUUCCCUGUCAUUGCUUUUGUAUGAUUAGCGCUAGUAUUUCUUUAGUUCCUUUUUUUAAUUAUUUUUAUUUUUGCAUGAACUUGCACUCAUGUCUGGGUUUAGGUACUGUACCAUGCUAUGCCAGCUCUUUGUGGGUUUAUGAUGACAGCUGGGGUGUCAGAAGUGUCCUGCCUCAGAGUUCAUGCUGAGUGUGUUUACUGCUCAUCCACUUUCUGAUGCUGAAGUUUGAGGUUAGUCAGGACAUGCUGCAGUCUCAGUUAAAGGAACAGUUCAACAUUUUUAUUCAUUUAGAUGAGAAGAUCAAUACAAUUCUCAUGUCUGUCCAUUAAACAGUGAGCUAGGGCCAAGACAUAGUUGGCUUUAAUUAGUGUAGAGACUGGAAACAAGGGGGAAACAGCUAGCUUGGCUCUGUUAGAAGAUCAGAGAGUUUUUUUAACACAGACGUAAAAUAUUAAUAAGUGCGCUUUAGAGGUGCUGAUAGGUUGAUUUUUAACCCUUAAACUAGCUGUUUCCCUGUUUUGAGCAUUAAAGCUAUGCCCCUGUUUGUCCCAGGGUUGUUUUUUUAAACUAAUUUUCUUUUUAAGGGACCAUGUACAACAUACAAUAUAUGUCGCCAUUUGAUAUAUUUUAAGCAGAGUUAGUUUAAACAAAAAAUCUAAUUUUUUUUAAAACCACUUUAUGAAGUUUUAUAGAUUUAAAAAAAAAAAUACAUUUUUAAUCAAUUUUUAAAAAGUUUGUUUAGCUUAGCACAAAGACUGGAAACCAGGGAAAACAGCUAGCCUGGUUCUGCCCAAAGUCAAUAAAAUCUAUGUUAGCACCACUAAAGCACAAUAAUUAACAAGUUAUAUCUUAAAUCUGUACAAAGGUUGCCAGUCAGGCAAGAUAACCGCCCGUAAAACCACAAUCUGUUGUUUCUACACUUCAUUUUAUGAUCAGAUAAACGAAAUAUAGCCAGCCCCAGCUUCAGUCUGUAUGCUAAACUAAGCUAACCGGCUGCUGGCUGUUGUCUCACAUUGACCUUACAGACAUGAGAGUGGUAUUGAUCUUCUCAUCUAACUCUGCAAGAUAACAAAUAAGCGUGACUGCUUGAUAUUAUGUCUAUUCUUGUGUCCAACUGAAUCUAUUACUGCAGUAUGACAACACAAACCAACAUCUGAUCCCAAUACUGACUUUAAAAUAUGAGCCUGUUUCCAGAAUACAAUGAGCAUGUAAACACACUCAGUGAGUCACAUACUGUACUGCUGCUACUGUGCUCUCAGAGAGCCACCCUUGCAAAUAAGAGGGCUGUGCGGUUAAGAGAAACCAAGGGGCUACUCUAAACACAAUAAUGAGCCAAGCCUCAUUGUUUUCCUCCAAUGAAAACUUAACUGAACCACCUGAAGGGCAUUGUAACACUCAACGCAGCACGGUGCCUCCUUCCAAAAUACACAGACUAGCUGGUAGCCUCAGUAUUUAUUGUUUCAAGUGUAGGGAAGCACCUCAGGAUGUUUAAUAGUAAUGAAUUAGGCACUGAGUUUUAGUUGUGAGUCACAAAAUGAACACUUGUACAGUAUGUGAGGAUGUAAGGUAGUUGUAAGCAAGUAGUAAAUGCUUUGAUAGCUUUAUUUAGUUAAGAAAGGAAUAUUGAAAAUGUUUAUGUGCAAUGAUGGUAGGUGCUCAGGGACUGCAGAGCUACUCUAGGAAAAAUGUGGUGGUAAUGUCCUUUAAUCAUUAGAAAUCAUUGCCACAGACAGAAAGGUUAAAGGUCAGUAAUGAUUUAAAAUGAAGGAUUUCAUUCUAAAAUUUCCAUAUCAUGUGGGCAAGAUUGUAAGAUUUGUUGUGAGGUUUUGUCUCCAUCUCAGCAGUCAAUUUGUCUCAUUUUAGAAUGAAACUCUUUAAAUAUUCAGAGGAAAACAACAGCAAGUGUUUAAAUUCCGGGUAAAGAAUGUGGAUUAUAAGAAGGGGAGAAGUUUUUCUGAAGUGCUAUUUGGUGAAGCAUGUUGUUGGGUAUAGUUUGUCUGUAUGUGAAUUUGUGUCUUUCAUGGGAAAAGCAAAGGUGAUUUGUCUGUUACAGAGGUAGCUGUCGACCAGAGGAAGUUUAUUUUGAGUCAGACAGAGAUCAGGUCUAAGUUACCUUUACAUUUUUGUCUUCUGAUUCAAUGUCUUGUCCUUCAGGGUAGCUGUUCAUCUCAAAUUAAAAAUGAGCUAUGUCUGGUUUUUAGUAAAUGCAAUGUGAUAAAGGUCUGGGAGCAGUUUCAGGUGGAAGUAAAAGGUCAAAUCUGACAGGAAGUGUGAAGUUUUUGUUUAGAGAUUUGUACAGUAAGCCUAUCAUAUAAGCUAAGUAUAAGGUUUCAGCAACCUGUUACACUGUGUCAAGAAAAAGAACAAAAAGAGGCUCCUCUGUUAUUGUUGUUCUAAAUGUGAUGUUUUCAUUCAGUUCUCUGUUCUGCUCUAUGUUAUCAUUAUUGUUCUUAUUCUGGUUUACAGUAUUAGUGGAGUAUAGUCAUUGUAAUGAGUUUGUCAAAGCGCAGAUUCACAUGCACACUUACAUUUGCAUAGUUGCCCAAAUAUUAAUUCAUAUAAAGCAGCUGUAAAAACUGACAUAUGAACCGUUUAUAAUUCUGUGACCACUGCUGUCAAAAAAGUUUAUUUUAUUCAGCUGAAAAGGUCCAGAAAUGAUUGAAAUGCAGAGGUAAAAAUUUAAGGAAUUACUGUCUUCCCCUUCCUUCUGGCCAUUGCAUUUGAAUGCAAAACUUAGCUUUCUUUUUGUUCUUUCAGUUUGUGCCUGUAGCUGUUCUGUAAAGUGCUGUAUAAAGUAAACAUUCAGCAAAUAAGACGAUCUGUCAGCCUUUAUGUCGGCGUUUUAGUCUGUGACUUUGUAGAGAUUUUAUUCAGUUAUUUAAUGUGUUCUGGGGGAAACUUAUGCUCAGCCUUUACAUUUGUGCCAAACUGUUUGCAGACAUUGUGUGUCAUACAAAUUACAGGUAUAUAUCAAAGUAUAUCUGCAUUAGUAUGUUGUUGUUGCCCAUAGUUUAUUCACAGAAUGCCUGGAGAUGUUCACAUUUAACAGUUUCCACUGCUGGAAUCUGCUGGAAAAAAACUUGCAUUUAAUAGUCAAUAAAGAUAGUAAACAUUCCAGAUCUACUGAUAGACAGUCACUGAUGUCAUUUUAAUCAAUGCGGAGGCAAUACUGUAUACCCUGUCAGACCAAACUCGGGGUAAUACAAAUAAAACACAGCCGGUCAUACAGAGGUGCAUACAUUGUGAUCCUUUUAUUGUUUGCAGAGAGACAAUGUGCAAAGAGGACAAACCUCGACAACAAUGCUCCCCUGAUGUUAUUUAUCUAUGUAUGUGUUCUGUAUGGUUAUGCUUCUGGUACAUAUUUGUUUCUCAUGUUGAUUUUACAAAACAUAGUUUUAUGUCACAAAGCCACUGUCUUUUGUAAAUAAAUCAAAUGUGAGAUAUAUUAAAAAGAUUUAAAAUAUG